GUACCUUGGUAAUCAGGGGACUGACAACAACGACGGACCAGGAAGCGACAUUUUCGAAAUAGCAAGAAAUGCAAAAGGUUUAUAAACUUUGAAAUGCAGUGAGAAUUCUAAAAUUGCAUUCAACCAAUAUUUAUCAGAUUAGUCUCGUUUCGCAAGAAAGAGGGACCUUCCGUCCGCGCUAACAUUACUAGUAAGUUAAGUUAGACCAUAGAGGUGUCGUCAUUGUGCUCACAGCCAUGUGGGGGGAGAUUGACCCUGUUCCCGAGCCCAGUCCGCCUGUCAGCGUUGAACCAGUGGCCUGCAGACAGCCCGACCCCCGGCGACCACAGCCCGACCCCCGGAGACCACAGCCCGACCCCAGGGGAACCGGACCAGCUUCUAGCUGCUCUGAAACCGCCCACACCGAGGAGGACGAGCCGCAGGACAACCAGGCGGAUCCCAUCGGUGUGUGUGCUAUGGUGGAGGUGGUGGCUGUGAGUGGUAUUCAGGUGAAGAGCCAGCAGGUAGGUGAGGCAGAACUGACCGUAGCCCAGCGGAGAGAGGAGCUGCUGGGACAGUACCGGACCAAGCCCCUGGUGUUCCUGGAGAGAUACCAGGCCCACCUGAAGCCACAGCACCUGUCAGUAUUCUGCCAUCUGACUUCUGACCCCCGGGCGCAGUACUACUGCCGGGAGGUGAGGCGGAGAGCAGCGGGACGGACCAACAGGACCCGGGUACGCAACCAACGCUACGCUGCCCUCAGAGAGCUGCAGAGGGAGGGCCAGUACUUCAGUGAGGACCAGAUGAGAAGCCGGGAGCCCCUACUGUAUGAGCAAUACAUCGGCCAAUACCUGACAGAGGAGGAGCUGCUACAUCGCUCCCUCGAGGCCAUGCAGGGAGGAGCAGGGGAGGAGCGGGGGCCGGGGGGAGCAGAGGGGGGGCUGGCCCACCUCCUCCUCACCUCCUACCAGGAGAGACUGAUCCAGAGCCGGCUGCAGGAGGAGCAGGACAGGGAGGAGAACGCACUGGAGGAGGAGGAGGGGGAGGAGGGUGGAGGGUUGGGGGCAGAGGGCUAUGAGCCAACACCCCAGGAGAAAGCUCUGCUCAGGGACGAGUUCAUCACUCAGAUGUACCAACGCUUCCUGGACGGACACGACAAAGACUUUAACUACAGUGAAGUGGACGGGAACCCCGACUACGACAACCUGGACAUCGUCAACAGAGAUGCAGAGGAGAAGUACUUCGAUGAGGAUGAAGAGGAGGAGGAGGAAGAGGAGGAGGAGGACAUGACUAUAGAUGUGUCAUGACAGCAGCUGUCAUUGGACUGUAAAUAUAUUAACUUCUGUAAUAACUAUACUAUGUAAUGUUUCUACUCUGUUUAUUCUCCUCACAUUCAUUUAAUAUUCAGUUUGCAUGGAUAGCAAUAAAUCGUGUGUGUUUACGUA